AUGUUUGCCUCACGAGCUUCUGUUCUAUCAAGGUGCUGUAGAGGAGCCAGGGUAUCUCGGGGACGCUAUUUUCAUGACCUGCCUAGCUCUUCCCAGAGCAAAUUCUUGAAGGUAUCAGAAGAGGUUCGCGAUGCGGUUGCAACUGGCAAGCCCGUUGUCGCAUUAGAGACAACUAUCUACACUCAUGGCUUUCCAUAUCCCGACAACAUUGCUUUGGCUUCAUUGUUAGAGUCUGUCGUUCGAGCCAACGGUGGAGUUCCAGCCACCAUUGGUGUGCUCGGGGGUAUUGCUCGUGUUGGUAUGAGCGCGGAAGAGAUCAUGGAACUUGCCUCCACGGCCGAGAAGAAGACCGCAUUGAAGGUUUCUAGGAGGGACUUGGGCUACAUCUGUGGCAUGGGUCUUGCUGGAAAGCCCAUUCAUGGUGGUACUACCAUCUCUGGUACCAUGAUUCUUUCGCAGCUUGCCGGUAUCAAGAUUUUCGGAACCGGUGGACUCGGUGGUGUCCACCGUGGUGGUGAAUACUCUAUGGAUAUUUCUGCCGAUCUGACUGAGCUGGGACGGACCCCAGUGACUGUUAUCAGUUCCGGAUGCAAGAGCUUUUUGGAUAUUCCCCGCACGCUCGAGUAUCUCGAGACUGAAGGAGUUUGUGUAGGCACUUUUGCCGAUGGACGUGAAGGCUCCGUCGAUUUCCCAGCUUUCUUCACUCGGGAUAGCGGAUUCCGCAGUCCGCGGGUUAUUCAAAACGAAGCCGAAGCUGCUGCGAUAGUCUAUGCGCAAUCUAAGCUUCCCGUUAAUUCUGGAAUUCACUUUGCCAACCCCGUGCCAUUGGAGGUAUCUGUCCCCAAGGCCGAGAUGGAUGCAGUAAUUGAAGAGGCGGUUCGUCUUGCAGAUGUAGAGGGCUACCAUGGAAGUGAUAACACUCCAUUCGUUCUCGCUAAAAUCAAGGAGCUCAGCGGCGGAAAGAGCGUGAUUGCCAACCGUGCUCUUAUUGAGUCCAAUGUCAAACGUGCAACUCGCGUUGCUGUGGAACUAGCUAAACUCGAAGAUCUUGACCGAGGAGGUGCGGCUCGACACAUGCCUGCAAUCCCGAGUAUUACUCAGUCAAUUCAAAAUAUCCCAGAACAAUCUAAGCCCGAACCCACCCCGAAGGUCUCCCAAGAAGUCAUUUCUGAGACAGGAAAGGCAGAUAUCGUGGUUGCCGGUUCUCUUGCGAUUGAUCUAUCCUGCGAUUACACUCCAUUCGAUGACGAGCGCGCUCAGGUAACGCCUGUGCCACACACAUCUAACCCUGCCGCCAUCGGACAGAGCCUUGGGGGUGUCGGCCACAAUGUUGCCCUCGCAGCCAGCUACGUCGGAAGCGAUGUGCUCUUCUGCAGCGUUGUAGCAGACGACUUGAGUGGCCGAGCAGCACUCGCAUCACUCGAAACAGAAGGACUCCGCACCACAGGCAUUCAAGUCCUUCCGCCCACAUCCGGCACUCGCACAGCACAGUACAUUGCCAUCAAUGAUGCUAAGAAAGAUCUCGUCGUCGCUAUGGCUGACAUGGGCAUCGUCGAGCUCCCAAAGAAACAGCUUGACUUCGACGGCUUCUGGGAGCCCUUACUCGAACAAACGAAACCAAAAUGGGUCGUUGUCGACGCUAACUGGCGACCUGAGGUCCUAGCAAAAUGGUCCACCCUUGCCAAAAAGCAUGGCGCCCGCGUCGCUUUCGAACCCGUCUCUACUGCUAAAUCCCGCCGCCUGUUUUCUCCCGAUGGCGGUAGUCCGGUUAUCGGACCUGCGGAAACCGUCCCCAAUCACGCUAUUAGCCUUGCCUGUCCUAAUCGUCUCGAGCUGGCCGCUAUGUACGCUGCUGCUCGCGAAGCCGGAGUUUUCGAUUCCCCCGGGUGGUGGGGCGUAAUCGAUGCCAUGGGUAUGUCGCAGAGUGGCUCUCGACAACAGCUCGUUUACCUUACCUCUGCUGCUCUGGUCGACGAAGGUAUCCCCCAGCAAUCUAUCCAGCUUCUCCCAUUCAUCCCCUGUAUCGUCACGAAGCUGGGUGAGGCUGGUGCGCUUUUGACUCAGCUUUUGCCGCCUGGUGAUUCCCGUCUCACGGACCCCGCUUAUGCUCCGUAUAUCCUUGCUCGCGCAUCCGGGUCCCCGGAUGUCUUGUUCGGUGGAGUAUAUAUGCGUUUGUUCCCGCCGGCUGCUAAAUUAUCUCCUGAGGAUAUUGUUAGCGUCAACGGAGCUGGAGAUACACUGUUAGGUGUUGUGGUGGCUGGUUUGGCAAAGGAUGACUCCCCAAUGCGUAUUGAGGAUGUCCUGGCUGUUGCGCAGGAGGCGAGUCGGAGAACUCUUGCCAAUCCAGGGGGUGUGAGUAAAGAACUUGUGGGCUUGCGAAGCGCACUUGGCCUAUAA